ACAUUUUCCACUGUUUUCCACAGGUCGAGAGGAUGAAAGCUCGGGUGUGCUGCUCGUUGAUUGCUGUUUUGUUGUGUCUCUCUGUUUACUUGAGCACAACAGACGCCAAAAAACUAGUCACAGGAAACGGAGAGGCACAGCCAAAAAAAGCAAAGCCAGGAGUGUGUCCUAUAUUCAAUCUUGAUGGAGCAGUGUUCAUAGCGUGUUUGGAGUUGUGUUCCCAUGACGGUAAAUGUCCGAAUGAUGAGAAAUGCUGCAGCAAUGGAUGUGGACAUCAGUGUAUGCCUCCAUAUAAAGAAAAACCAGGAGUGUGUCCAAAAAUCAAUCUUGAAGAUGACAUGAUAGGAGAUUGUGCUGAGAUGUGUUCCCAAGACGGUCACUGUCCGGAUGAUGAGAAAUGCUGCAGCAAUGGAUGUGGACAUCACUUGAGGCUUUCCGUGUAG